GCAUUGUGGGGGUGGGGGGAUAUGACAGCUGGGGGUUAUAAAUCUUUAUCGUAUAUCCCCUGUAACAUUUGGGCAUUACAGGUAAGAAAUCCUCAACUUAUCAUUUCAGAAAUAGAAAGUGACAAAUUUAAAAACUGUACGGGAUUACAUUAUGUUCAUAUUUAUGAAUAUGUAGUUUCAGAAAGGAAAAAUGAUGUACAUAACUCAAGUAGAGGGAACCUUCGGGAAGAUCAUGUUAAAUCAUAAAAACAGCUGAACUUGUGUGGCUACAUAUGAAUUGUGUUUAUAAUUGCUCCAGUAGAAGUAACCCAAAAACAAAAACAAAAAAACACACAAAACACAAAUAAUUACCUAUUGUGUCAAUUUAUCAAAACAUGAUGAUGAUGAUGCUCUUGGAUGUCUUUAAUAUCUAAAAGGAACUGUGUUCUAAACCUUAAAGUAGGUCACAAACCAGAAGCCAGAUGUUAGAAGUAAUGUUAUUAAUUACCAUAUUUUUAGAUGCUGUAACUGUCAUUAAAACAUCCCAUUUAAAUCUCAUUAGGACUUGGCUGAGUCUGAGGCCGGGAUGUCAUCCGACCCACCUAAGAAACCGUUGAUGGGAACCAACCCUCCGAUAGAACUGUGGUUGGGAUUCGUGAACGACGUGCCCUUGGUGGGCACUUCCGCCGACAUGGUGGACGGCUUCAUUGCUCUGCUCCAGGGAGACCUAAAGACCGCAGAGGCCAAGGGCUAUAAGGGCUUUCUAGAUUCAGCUGGAAUCCAUCAACUGAAGCCAGGGUCCAUCCUUCAGAACCACAAAAGCCAGACAGCAAUCGGGUGCAGUGCCAAAGUAUCCAAAGACAUAAACGACUACAUUAUACAGGCGGUUAAACCAGGGGCGAGCGCCGCCAUCACAGCAGCUAAGGCAGCCAAGUCAGGUGCCGAUUUACACAAAAACCUUAUCGCGCCUUUCGAGAUACUCAGGGGUAAACUGAGAGAACGUGGUAUAGACCUGGCCAGAGAUGUGAUCCAGGCCCGAAGGGCUAGCCGGGGAGAACACGUUUUCAACAACGCCCUGCUGGGGCUAUAUGGGUCCAUAAUCGAUGCGUUCAUUCAAAGACACGUCACAGUUGGUGACAGAGUGACGCUGGUUGGCCAUAUUCCGAACAGCCGGGUUAGUGACGCCUUUCAAGGGCACGCCCCAAACGGUGAUCACAUCAACCUGACCGCUGAUCAGAGACGAAACAUUACCACCUGGGUGGUACACAUUCCUGACAAUGUGGUAUAUGUGCCAAUCAACAAUAUCCUGUUUGCAUACAUGCCUUAUAAUGGGCUAAAGCAAAAACCUGCAUCCACACCGGUUCUUUUGGGAUAA